UAGCCCCCGCUAAUCUCAUCUCUAUUGUCUUUUGUCCUCCAGCUUCCCUCUUGGGACGCUAGGCCCGGCGGCCCUGUUGCUAGGCGGAAGCGAGGCGGUUUCAGAAGCAGCGACGGCGGGAUAGACGGCGGGACUCCUGCCGGGAGGUUUGAAAAGCGGCAAAAAUGGUCUCCAAGUCGGACCAGCUGUUGAUCGUGGUCUCCAUCCUGGAAGGACGUCAUUUUCCUAAGCGUGCAAAACACAUGCUCGUAGUAGAAGCAAAGUUUGAUGGAGAACAGUUGGCUACUGAUCCUGUGGACCACACUGACCAACCAGAAUUUGCCACUGAAUUAGCUUGGGAAAUAGAUAGAAAAGCACUUCAUCAGCACAGGUUGCAGCGCACACCUAUCAAGCUCCAGUGUUUUGCUUUGGAUUCUUUAUCUACCGCUAAAGAAUCCAUUGGGUACAUUGUUCUAGACUUAAGAACUGCCCAAGAAACAAAGCAGGCACCAAAGUGGUAUGCAUUGCUGAGUAACAAAUACACAAAAUUUAAAUCUGAGAUACAGAUAAGCAUUGCUUUGGAAACAGACACAAAAGCACCAGUAGAUGGUUUUAAAGCAAAGGAGGCACCACCUAGAGAAGGAAAAGUACCUGUUGGGUUAUCUGGAAUUGAUCCCAAGAAAAUUGUAGCAGUCUUGAAUGAAGAAGAAGGCUAUCAUCAGAUUGGACCAGUAGAAUAUUGCAGAGACUUCUUUGUUAUGUCAGUUACUAUAGCGUUUGCCACACAGUUGGAGCAGUUAAUUCCAUGUACAAUGAAACUUCCAGAGAGACAACCUGAGUUUUUCUUUUAUUAUUCGCUACUGGGAAAUGAUGUUACAAAUGAACCCUUCAAUGACUUAAUAAACCCGGAUUUUGAGCCAGAGAGAGCAUCUGUUCGAAUCCGUAGCAGUGUUGAAGUACUUCGUAUUUAUUUCUCUUUUCAUUCUAAACUACAGAUUCAUCUUUGCUGUGGAGACCAAUCACUUGGAAGCACAGAAGUUCCACUAACUGGAUUGUUGAAGAAGGGAAGUACAGACAUCAAUCAGCGCCCUGUAGCAGUUGAAGGUGCUUUUACCCUUGACCCACCAAACAGAGCCAAACAAAAACUUCCCCCUAUUCCAUUGGAGUUGGUGCCUACUGUAGGAGUAUCGGUGGCUUUACAAAGAGAAGGCAUAAAUGCCCAGCCUUUAGUUGAAUUCAAGACCCAAUGUGAGCAAGAGCACUCAAAGAAGAGAGUUUUAACACCUAUACAGGAGAAGCCAUUGGCUGAAGAAAAGUCACCAACUCCUCAAUCAUCUAUUCAACUUCAGAAUCACCAGUCACCACCAACUAAAGAUGAUGCAACAGAAAGUGAAGUAGAAAGUUUACAGUAUGACAAGGACACAAAAGUAAAUCAAAAGGCCUUGAAUCCUCCUACAUCAGUUUCUCAAGCUCAUCUAGUGACCACAUCCAGUGCUUCUGAGAUUACUUCAGGACAAAAGAUUGCUGUCCCAGCAUCAUCACAUCAUUUUUGCUUUUCAAUAGAUUUAAGGAGUAUCCAUGACCUAGAAGUUGACUUUCCAGUCAAUUGUAUGUUAAGGUAUUCCUAUCCGUUCUUUGGAAGUGCUGCUCCUAUCAUGACUAAUCCACCUGUAGAAGUUCGAAAAAAUAUGGAAGUUUUUCUUCCCCAGUCUUACUGUGCAUUUGAUUUUGCUACUUUGCCUCAUCAACUCCAAGAUACCUUCUUGAGGUUACCUCUGCUUGUUGAACUGUGGCAUAAGGACAAAAUGGCCAAAGACUUACUUCUAGGAAUUGCAAGAAUUCAGCUUUCAAAUGUCUUAUCUUUAGAAAAAACCCGAUUUUUAGGUGCUCAUGGUGAACAGUGUUGGCGUCAAACUUAUAGUGAAAAAGUUCCUGUUACAGCAGCACAAGGGAUAAAUAACAGGAUAGCAGAUCUUUCUUAUACAUUGACUCUAGAAGACCAUGGACUUGUGAAAAUACGUGAAAUACUGAUAUCUGACCCAUCCCAGGGUUUAGCUGCAAUGCAACAGAAGCCACUUUCUCCUCAAGCACUUUGUGUUACAGAAACACAGGCAGAACCCCGAGAAACUCUAGAAUACAAAGCAGCGCUGGAGUUAGAAAUGUGGAAAGAAAUGCAAGAAGACCUUUUUGAAAAUCAGCUGAAAAAGAGGGAACUAGCUCACAUGCAGGCUCUUGCAGAAGAAUGGAAGAAAAGGGAUAGAGAAAGAGAAUCAUUAGUAAAGAAGAAGGUAGCAGAAUACACUAUUUUGGAAGGAAAACUUCAGAAAACUUUAAUUGACUUAGAAAAGCGUGAACAACAGCUUUCCAAUGCAGAAUCAGAGCUUCAAAGAAAGAAGAAAGAGCUGCACUUGGACCAUGAAAGAAACCUUCAGGAACUUCAGGAUUCUAUCCGAAGAAUCAAAGAGGAAUGUGCUCAUCAGGUAGAGCUGGAGACAUCAAAGAUGAAACAAUUGGAAGGAGAAAAGCAACGACUUCAGCAGCAGCUUUAUGAUUCUGAAAUUAAGUAUAAAACUUUGGAAAAAGAAUUCCAGCAUUUCAAGGACCAACAAAACAGCAAGCCAGAAAUCCGUCUGCAGUCAGAAAUAAAUCUUCUCACGCUGGAAAAGGUUGAACUUGAAAGAAAGUUGGAAUCAGCAACUAAGUCUAAACUACAUUACAAGCAGCAAUGGAGUAGAGCUCUGAAAGAACUUGCAAGAUUAAAGCAGCGUGAGCAAGAGAGUCAAAUGGCCCGUCUUAAAAAACAACAGGAAGAGCUAGAACACAUGAGAUUACGUUAUCUGGCAGCAGAAGAGAAAGACACAAUGAAAACAGAGCGACAAGAACUAUUAGAUAUAAGAAAUGAACUCAAUAGGUUAAGGAAACAAGACUCAGAACAGUUCCAGAAUUCCCAGAGAAGAUUGCAAGUGGAAAAAUGGAAGUCUGGGUGGAAAAGCUUUUGAAGAAGAUUGGAUGAUUAUCUGACUCGCCUUAUAGAAGAAAGAGAUACUUUGAUGAGAACGGGUGUGUAUAAUCAUGAGGAUCGGAUAAUAAGUGAACUUGACCGUCAGAUCAGAGGAAGCUUUGGCCAAAAGCAGUACCAGUAAUUAAUAACAUUUGGAAAAUCUUUACUAAGACUUUGAAUCUGAGUUCUAAUUUCAUUGUAAAACUCUGAAAGCAGGAAAAUAUUUAAAAAGCUGUUUUCUUUUUUUCUAUCUGUGAAAAGAUUUUUUGUUAUUAUAUAUUAUUUAUUUGGUUUUUAUUUACUUUAAAUCUAUUCUACUCUCCUUACACUGGUUUUAUUUGUAAUUUCUUUUUAUAUACUCACUCACUAAGCAACUUUUCAGUGUUUCUCAUAAUCUAUCAUUUGAUGGCUAACUUUCAAAAUAGCUUUUCACUAAAUUUGUCUAGGGAAAGAUGACUGCAGUAAUUCCCAGUGACAUAAUUUUAUACAUUGAGCCAACAAAAUAUAUGUUGCACUUUAUAAAUGCUGUGUCCUGUUACAUAUAUGUAAAUAUCUUAAAGUUGAGACCAAUUAUAAAUGUAAUAAGUUUUAUUUUAAUUCUUUUUAGACAGUAUGCCUUCUUUUCUGCAGAUGUGUAACAGUUGCAGAUAAUGUCUUUAAGCAGGAAGCGGUAUGUUCAAUACAGAGAAGCCAUGUUCAGUAAUAGGCAGCAAAAUAAUAAAUACCCUAACAGCGUAUUUGUUUUAAUACAAUUUAAAAAGGGUUUUUUGGGGGGGCGGGGGUGUUACAAGAUCCAUUGAAUUCAUGUUCACAUUUUUGAAGUCUUAUCCUUUUAGCAAAACCUCUUGAUACUUGUCUUUUCUUCCAGACCCAUUUACGAAAUGGAGGUAUUUUCUCUUAGAAUUAGAGAUAUUCCCUUAUUUCAGUAAUAGUGAUAUACUAGUGCAAAUCCUUUGUUCCUCAGUGGGGAAACAGACAUUUUAAAGGCUUCAGCUGAGAAAAUAAAUGAAUGACAAUUGAUACUAAUUUUUCCCCUCCAUUUUAUCCUUUUUUUUUUUUAAGGAAAUGAAAAUAAUUUGUGGGACUUCUCUAUAGUGCCAAGUCUAUAAAAUUCCAAGUGUUUCUUUCUGUUGUUUUCUUCAGAGCCAGGCAUUGUACUGAUUCAGAACUCUUUAAGUUUUAGUUCCCAGAGCAACAUUUUUCACCUCCUUUUUACAAUAUAUUUUAUCAGUGUACUCAAAAUUUUUAUAGCAAAUUCAUUAUUUAGGUCAGUUUUAUAAAUUUCAAAAUGGGGCAAUUUGAAAUUUUGACCUUUUGAAGAAGGAUAGUCUACUUACUAAUAACCCCCAUAAAGUCAUUAUAGAGUAUUUUGAAGAUAACCUAAAUUUCUUUUUUUGGGAUAGGAGUGUGGAACUUCUUAAAAAGGAUUAUUACAGUUUUUAUUUUUUGGACAAAGUGCUAGUCAUCUAAAAACAACAUGACAGUAAAUGUAAAGGUAUGAAAAUAAUGAAUAAGGGGAUGGUGAAUAUAUGUCAUAGGAUUUUAAAAUAUUAAUUAUGGUUGUAUAUUUUCUGAUUGAUUUUGUGCCACUUGAAUAGAAUUGUAAUCUUUGUGUGACUUUGAAGGAAAACUUUUUGAAAAUAUUGUCACAAUAUGUGUGCACUGAAUGUGACAGUUUUCAAACACUAGAGGGGGGCCUAAGAAAAAAGGAUAUUCUAAAAUGAGUGUGUGGUUUACUUUGCCUGAGGGAAAGUGAUGUUAUUUUUUUCUAUGUAAUUUAACAAAUAAAAUCAGAAUUUUAUGCACUUUUGAAUUUUUAA